GGCACGCGAGGCCGCGCUCCCGCUUCGUCGUCCCGGGAUACAUGCCGCGUUUGGUCAAAUAAAAAAGGAUCAAAUGCCUUACCAUGGCGGGCAUCAGCUUCAUGCGGAUUUGUUCAAGCGUAUCUUUGGAUUUCGCUGCUUUAAUGGGACAAGGGGUUGUAAUCCGCGGGGUCAUGGUCAAUGGAGCACCGCAGUGGAGCACCGCAAUGGUAUCUAUUCAGAUGCCCCUACUCUAUCUUCGUCUUCCGGGCGACCCGCUUUGCAAUUAUUCCAUCACCCCUGCGAUACUUUCAAUACAUUCAUGCAAGGGCGAAGGCUGGUAUUCCGGCGCUCACAGAGGUCGUCGCAACCCUUAGAGUUGCAUCGGUGCCAUUGCACUGCAAGGCUGAGCAUAAGGCGUGUGAAAUGGGACGGGGUGGUAUGGAAAGGCGGCUGUGGGAGGAGCCCGCCGACAACAAGGAAAGUCGCUGCCAUGGCCAGAGCAGCGGCCGUUGGAGGCGAUGGAGAAGCGCCCCGUGCAUUGGGGGCAGCGGCCUCGAUUUCCGUCAUAAUGACAGUGCCCGUCACCCCUCAGACCCUCCCAUCUCCGAUCCCGCAG